AUGUCUUCCAUCGUAGAUAGCGUCAAGAACACCAUCGCCGAGAACUUCGGUGGUCCAGCCGAAAAGCUCGCAACCCGUCAAUUCUCGCUCUCCGAAACCCCCGACCUCACCAACAAAGUCGCCGUCGUAACCGGUGGCAGCGAAGGUAUCGGCUACGGCGUCACACACACUCUCCUCUCCCACAACAUCAGCAAGCUCUUCAUCCUCUCCAUCUCCGAAGACGUUGUUAACGGCGCCAAAAAGUCCGUCGCUGAGGAACUCGGCCAAGAGAAAGCUGAUCGCACAGAGUGGAUCCAGUGCGAUUUGAGCGACUGGGCUGGAGUGAAGAAAGCAGCUGAGCAGAUCAAGAAAUCGACUGAUCGCUUGGAUAUUCUUGUUAAUAAUGCGGGGAGGGGAAUCAUGACGUAUCAGCUUUCGAAGUAUGGUGUUGACCAGCAUAUGGCUGUGAACCAUUUUGGUCAUGUUUUUUUGACUUCUUAUUUGCUUGAGCUUUUGAAGAAGACGGCUGAUGAGCAUGGGACAGUGAGGAUUGUUAACCUUGCUUCUAAUGCGCAUCAGGGUGCGCCCAGCGAUGUCAAGUUUGAGAGUCUUGAUGAACUGAACCAGGAUCUUGGACCGAACCCUCAGUAUGGGCGAUCCAAGCUGGCUGCUAUUCUAUACAGUCGGUAUUUGGAUCGUCAUGUCACCAAGGCUGGAAAUCCCAAGAUCUUGGUGAAUGCCACGCACCCCGGAUUCGUCAGCACCAGACAAAGUGUUGAGCAUAUUCAUGAAGCAUAUCCGCUUGCUGGAUAUGCCAUGUCGGUUGGCAUGGACCCCUUCAAGAAGGAUCAAUUCCAGGGCGCCACUAGUUCUGUAUUCGCUGCGACCAUCACUGACAAGUCGGGACAGUAUAUCUGUCCUCCUGCUGUACCUGAGUCGGGUAAUGAGCUUUCGCAGAAUGAGCAACUUGGCGAACAGUUGAUGGAGUUGACGAGGAAGGUUGUCAGCGACAAGUUUGAGAGCUUUGACGAUCGAAAGUUUUAUUAG